GGGAGGCCUCGGGGACGCGCAGGUGAAAAUGUUGCGCAGGAAGAAAGCUGUGGGAGUGCGGGUGAGGGCUGCGUAUGGAGCUGUCAGCAAUAGGGGAGCAAGUGUUUGCUGUGGAGAACAUCAGGAAGAAACGCAUUAGGAAGGGCAGAGUGGAGUACCUUGUGAAGUGGAAAGGAUGGCCCCCAAAGUACAGCACUUGGGAACCCGAGGAGCACAUUUUGGACCCCCGAUUAGUCAUGGCCUAUGAAGAGAAGGAGCAGCGAGACCGUGCGCUGGGAUACAGGAAACGUGGCCCCAAACCAAAGCGCUUUCUAUUGCAGCGGAUUUAUGGGAUGGAUUUGCGGAGCGCAGACAAGCUGAAGGAGAAGGGGAAGCUCCACCUGUCCUUGUCCAGGAGGUUUGAGGGGAGCUCGGCCCAGCGGGAGCUUGGGGACAACGGGAAGCGCAUUCACUUCUCCCUGGGCGCCAACAGCCGCAAACACAAGUACUUCAAGCUGGACAAACCCAAGGCCACAAGGGCGGCCAUCUUUGCCGCAGCGGCAGCCAGCGCCAAGGGCCGGGCCAGCGAGUUCUCCCAGGCGGAAUCCCGGCGGGAGCUGACCGAGCCAGCGGACAAAUUCCAGGACUCCGAGUUCGAGGACGAGGAGGCCGGGAGCGAGAGUUUCCCCGAGACAAUGCAAGACGCCUCAUCCCCGGUGCGACCGCCUGUCUCCAUGCCCCCCGGUUGGAAUCCCUCUCUGCCGUUGGGCGAUGUCACUGUGACUGACGUCACCGCCAACUCCUUGACCGUGACCUUCCGGGAGGCAUUGGUGGCCGAAGGAUUUUUUAGGGAUCGGAAUUCCAAGUGCUAACCGAAAACCAGAGCGAAAUAAGUCGCGUAAAUCAUAAUAGUGAAUGUUUUCU